AGCUGGAUUUGCGAAAAUGGUGUCUACAGGUAAACUUCCUUUUCCAAAAAUGUUGAAAGCGGAAGUGUAAACCCUAUACCCAUCACGCUGUAAGGAACAAAAAUGUUUUCGACCCCUUCUAAGAAAUCCUCCUUCAGUGCCCGCAACAAUGUCGCUAACCGGAGAGACGACGAUUCCACUCCGGUGGCCGGCAACCGGAGACCACUGCUCGACAGCCCAGCCGUCCCAAACCUCCCCGCCACUGGGAACCCCGCCCCUUGGUUCUCUUGCCCUUCCGUCCUCGCUAGCUGAUGCAUCUAUUUCUGGUGGAAUGGACAAGGAGACAUCCCUAGCAUGGAUCAUACGUGGAAACGGUCUCUGUAUCUGGGACUUCUUAUCAUCUGCUGCAUCAAGAAAAUGUAUCAACAUUGACCUAACGUCUGUUAAAGAAGAAAUUGGAGAUGUGACCAGAAACUCAUUUCGACCUAACAAUUGGUUAGUCCGUUUUGUCAACUGGGACAGCUUGAAGAAAGCUGGUAGCAUCACUGUCCAACAGCUCAAUUCUGCUGGGAUUAUAUUGUGUAACAAAAAAAUUGGUGCUCUACUUUUCUGGCCUGAUAUCUCAAAUCCUGAUAUGAUGCUUCCAUCCACGUCUCGUGCCUUUUCCGACAAGCUGGGCAAUAAUGCUGCAAUAUCAUGUUAUAUUAACUCUUUGAUAACUUCACCUGUCUCGUCUACCAACAAAAGUUGUAUUGCACUUGCAUGUUGUUCUAAUAGUGAACUUUGGAGAUUCUUCUGUAGCCCUUCUGGUAUUCAAUGUGAACAGAUUGAGCACGGCAUGCCAAAUAAAUUAUCUGAAGGAAGUGGUGAUGAUUCAUCUGUGGCAAGUAAAGGCUAUCCUAGGUCACUGAUUUGGCAGUUUCCUAGUCAUUCAUCGGAUGACACUGCAAAACAGUUCCUUCUGCUAACUAAUCACGAGAUACAGUGCUAUGCAGUAAAGCUUUCCUCCGAUUUAGAUGUGGUAAAGCUUUGGACUCAUGAAAUCACCGGCGUUGAUGGUGAUUUGGAUAUACCGAAAAACCUUGCUGGCCAAAAGAGGAUUUGGCCCCUUGGUUUGGCUGUUGAUAGCGUUGGCAAGGUAAUAACUGUUCUAAUUGCCAUCUUUUGCAAGGAUCGGGUGACCAGUUCAAGCUACACUGAGUAUUCCCUUCUGACCAUGCAAUACAAAUCUGGAGUAGAUACACCGAAGCCAAUAGGCAAACAGAUUAUUAUACCUAAAGCUAUAGUAGGGGAUGAGGAACUUUUGUUCUCAAUGAGAUUAAAGGUAGGUGGAAAGCCGCCUGGUUCUGCUAUUAUACUCUCAGGUGAUGGUACUGCAACUGUUUCCUACUGUUGGAGAAACUCCACCAAGCUUUACCAGUUUCAUUUGCCCAAUGAUGCUGGAAAAGUUCUUGAUGCUUCAGUAAUCCCUUCCCUUGAGGAAAGUGAAGAUGGAGCUUGGGUUGUGCUCACUGAAAGUGACAGGCAACGAGCGGGUUUAACCGGAGGUACACAUCGUGACCCUCACGACGUGGCAUCGGAAUAUUUACUAAGCCAGUUUUUCGAUGAAUUUCUCUUGUCUGGACAGGUUGAUGAUGUCCUUGAUAAAUUGAAAAAUUCAAGGGCUUUUGAAAGAGAGGGAGAGAGAAAUGUAUUUGCCAGGAUGAGCAAAUCAAUUGUUGACACCUUAGCUAAACACUGGACGACAACCAGGGGAUCUGAGAUUCCUCUAUCUGUUGUGUCCACUCAACUAGUUGAUAAGCAACAAAAGCAUCAGAGGUUUCUUCAGUUCCUUGCUUUGUCCAAAUGCCAUGAGGAAUUGUGUCACCGACAGAGACAAUCUAUGCAAAUUAUCAUGGAACAUGGGGAAAAGCUUGCCAGCAUGAUUCAACUGAGAGAACUUCUAAAUGCAACUAGCCAUGCUACCGAGUCUGGGUCAGUUGGUGAGAGGUCCCGCCGGAAUACAGUUCUUUUGAUGGAUAGAGAUAAUGCUGAAGUAUUCUUUAGUAAGGUCUCAGAGCUCGAGGAACUGUUUCAUUGCUUAGAGGGAAACCUAGAACAUAUAAUCACCCAAAAUAAGCCUAUUAUUCUGCAAUCUCAAAGAGCUUGUGAACUUGCAAAUGCAUGUGUUACAAUCUUCUGUACAGCCAUUGACUAUAGGGCUGAUCACCACUUGUGGUACCCUCCACCCGAGGGAUUGACACCGUGGUAUUCUAAUUUUCUUGUGUGGAGUAAUCUUGCAUCAUUCAUGCUUCAAUUGCUUAGUGGAAGAGAACGGCUUAAAGUUUCUGUCAUACUAGAUUUUUACUCGAAUCUUGUAGUACUCUCGGAGAUACUACUCGAUUCAUAUUCUAAUGCUAUCACAGCAAAAGUCGAUCGGAAAGAAGAUCAUCGAAGUCUGUUAGAGGAGUACUCAAAAUGUAGAGAUACCCUUCUCGACCCCCUUUAUAAGCAAGUGAAAUAUUUCAAACAGGCGAAGUUACAGCAUGAAAACAUCGGACCAAAAGGAGGUUUCAGUUGCUUUGUAUUCAAACAACUCUAUGAUAGUAAACAACUCUCAAAACUAAUGCGGCUGGGUGAAGAGUUUCUUGACGAGCUUGCUACAAUUCUGAGGCAGCAUCCCGAUCUUCUUUGGCUUCACCAGUUGUUUCUUCGUCAAUUUUCCUCAGCUUCUGAAACUUUACAUGCAUUAUCUAAUUUAUCUCUUCCUAAGGAUAACAGAUCAGUUUCAGAUACUGAUGAGACUGAACCUAGUGGCCCACAACCUAAAUUAACUUUGGCUAGAAGAAAUCAUUUUUUGAAUCUCGCAAAACUAUCAGCAAUGGCAGGAAGAGAAGUUGGCGACGAGCUAAAGGUGAAGCGUAUUGAAGCUGAUCUGAAUUUUCUACAAGUGCAGGAAGAAAUAAUGAGGCUUCUACACAAUGACGAUGACAAGCAAUUUAUGGUGCAACAGCUUCUUGAUCCGCAGGAUCUCAUCAAAAUGUGUCUUGGAAUCAAGAAGCGGGAGCUUUCUUUGCGACCCUUCGAUAUAUUCUUGUGGAUGAGUGCGUCCUUUCUCGGAUGCUACGCAAUUGUUUUGGUGGAGUGCUGGAUAAAUGCUGCAAGUCAAGAUGAUUGGAAGAGACUGUAUGGCUUGUCCAUGACUGAGGGCUGGAGUGACGAGAGAACCUCUGAGGUUCUCGAGCAAACUGUACUUUUUCAUGCUGCCAGAAAAUGUUAUGGGCCCCGCUCAAAAAAAUUUUAUGUGAAAUUCGAUGAGGUGCUGCCAUUGAGGACGGAAACGGAUAAACUCUGGUCUGUGGAAGAAGCCAUCACGAUCCACAAGGAUUAUCGAGAUGCGGGCAAGCUGAUGCUGACCGCUAUCCUGUUCGGGAGCAAGUUGGAUUUGGGCUUUUUUGAUACCCAACCUUUGCAGAUUAGAUGGCUAUUGAUAUGGUUGGGUGUAAGAGAAGUUGGCUACGAGCUAAAGGUGAAGCUUAUUGAAGCUGAUAUGAAUUUUCUACAAGUACAGGAAGAAAUAAUGAGGCUUCUACACGAUGAUGAUGAGGACAAGCAAUUUAUGGUGCAGCAGCUUCUUGAUCCGCUGGAGCUCAUCAGAAUGUGUCUUAGAAUCAAGAAGCGGGAGCUUUCUUUGCGACCCUUCGAUAUAUUCUCGUGGAUGGGUGCGUCCUUUCUCAGAAGCAACACAUUUAUUUUAGGGGAGUGCUGGAGAAAUGCUGCAAGUCAAGAUGAUUGGGAGACUGGCUGGAGUGACGAGAGAACCUCUGAGGUUCUCGAGCAAACUGUACUUUUCCAUGCUGCCAGAAAAUGUUAUGGGCCUACUCAAAAAAGUUUUCAUGUGAAAUUCGAUGAGAUGCUCCUGUUGAGGAUGGAAACGGAUAAAGUC